AUGGAUAAGACUCUUACACCUUUGGCUGCCUCUGAUCCACUGAGAAGAUCUAUUGCUGAGCCAGACGAGGUUUCAUUAUUCGAAUGGAUUGUGGAUGCCUUUAUCGUGACCAUCAGUGAUGGUGCAAUGGGAAAAGUGUGUUUAGAUAUGUUUCCAGAGGUAGUGGACAACAUGUUUCGCCUUCAGACGAACAUAUACGCCAUCUUUACGAGGCGUCCUAGGAUUCUUGCCCCGAAAGCUUACGCUGCCUGUGACAAGCUAGCUCAGAUUCUUGCCAAAUACUUUGCCCUCCCCAGAGAAGCGAAGAUUGGUUGCGCAGAGUUCGUGACUAUGGCUGAAGAUGAGAUUCGCUCAGCAGCUGUUUCAGAGGAAGAGUUGGCAAAGAUGUUUGUUUGGAUUUAUUGGGGCAUGCUCGACAAUCCAUCAACUGUUGCAUUUUGGCUCUUGUGCAGACUUCUUCAUAAUCCUGGUCUGCUAUCAGUGAUACGGGAAGAAUGUGAAGAGUCAUUUUUGAGAAACAGCCCCAUUACGCCGGCCGACAUCCCAGCACGGCUGGAGUGCUGUCCAAUCCUCAAGGCCACCUUUGAGGAAACCAUGCGCAUCCACUCCGGUCCACACGUAUUUCGCCAUGUUUCCGAAGAUACAGAAAUUGGUCCCUAUCUUCUAAGGAAGGGUUCUACUCUUCUCAUCCCUUAUAACCGCCUGCAGAUGAGUAAAUCCCACUGGGGUCUUGAUGCGGAGGAGUUCAAAUAUCAACGCUUUCUUGAUAAUCCGGGACUAGCAAAUUCAAGGUAUUACAAACCCUUUAGUGAUGGAAUUCAUCAGUGCGGUGGCGUGGCAAUGGCACCUCAGCUUGUGAUGUACUUUGUUGCUAUUGUUUUGUGCCGCUAUGACGUGGACGUGCUUGGCGGGAUUGAAAACCAUCCAUUUCCUAGACUUGAUACUUCAAAAGGAAGGGCAACGGUGCCAAUGCCGGUGGCUGGUGAUAUGUUUCGCGUAACUAUUACACCGCGCAAAAGCGCAGUUUGA